AUGAGGAAAUAGACUUUCAGAACAAUUGAGAAGCUUUCAUAUAUAGUUGGGGUUCCUUGUCUUCUAGGUUACGCUGGUUAUACUCUGUAUCAGUCUGCAAAAUAUCAUGAAGAGGAGAGAAAUAAGAGGCUUAAGGAAACUGAAGAAGCUAUAUUGGCAAAGAAUUAAAAAAAUUUGAUAAUGCUGGACAACUUUAAAAAGAAAAUAUUUGCUGUAGGAAUGGAGGAAGAUUUCUUAAGGCAGUAAAAAGAGCAGACUUUAGAAUAGAAAAAAGCUAUUGUUGACAAUACAAAGUUAAUUAGAGACUUAGUGAAGGAUGUGAAGCCUGAUACAGUUCUACUGGAAAUGUGCUAGGAAAGAUAUGAUAACUGGCUUUAUGAUACUGUAAGUGAUCCUAACUAUGAUAAAAAGAUGGAAAGACUUUACAAAUUAUUAGAUAAGGAAGAUUAUGAUUAGAUAAUAAAGGGAAAUUAAUUAGACUUAGAUUCUAGCUAUCUUGAGAUGCUUAGUGGCAUGGAUCUUUGCUAAUAUAGAAUGAUGCCUUGUAAGACAAUAUUAGGUGAUAGGUCAAUCGUGAUUACUGAGAAGAGAUACAAAUCUAAGUUAAAUAUGCUAGAGGUUUACAAAGAAGCAGCAUCAUAGACUAAAAAGAAGACCAUCAAGCCAUAAAACAAGGAUGAUAUGACUAUAUUUGAUAUACAAUCUAAAACCAAGGAUGCUAGUUAAGAUGCAAAGAAAGAGGAUGAUAACAUAGAUAAGCUUAGAAUUGCUCUAUAAUAAAUUAAUGAAGCAAAGUCUUAAAUGUAGAACUAAAUUACUGAUAAAAUCAUAGGGUAGAGUAAUGAUUCAGUAGCACAAGAUGCUAAGAAGAGUCUACUAAUGAACAAAAAUGAAGUAGAACCGAAGAAAUUGAGUUCAACAAAUGAACUUAUAAAAGAGAUAGCUACAAAAGAAGCAGAGAAAACAAGGGCAUAAAUCUAUGAUGAAAUUGUUAUUGACGAGAUUAAUGAAGAGCUAUUGAAAAGUGUAUAAAAAUGCGAAGGUAAUUUAGUAGUAAUGUUAGUCAGAAAAGAAAGACUAGCAUCUUUCGAGAGACUAUGGAAAUAAGCUAAUUUGGACUAUUAUUAGACUUAGGAUAAUAAGAGUAAAAUAAAGAAUUCAGUCAUUAAAGAGUAGCAAUAAAAAUUUGAAGAAAAAGUCAGCAAAAAGGUUGAGACUGUCUAGUGA